AUGAACUCUUAUAGUUCCGUAGGCAGCAAAUUGACAGCCAACAAAUUUUGUGUAACACAAAAAAGAAAAAGUAAAUUACUGUGCAGAAAGCUUCUUCAAAUACUUUGCUUGCUAAAAAACGACUGCGCAUGUAGCUUUAAACUAGCUUUAUCUUUCUUUGGUGUAGCAAUUGAAGAAAAGCGGACGGAAUGGAAAAGGUAUUUUGUACAACGCUGUGUUGGAGAGGGUGCAGCCGCAACUAAAGUACUUGGUGAAAGAUUAAACGAGACAUUAGUAAGUAGACAAUGUAUUUCGUCAUUUCGUGAAGUCUACAACCCUAUUUAUAAAGCUCCAUUUAAAGCACUCACAACUAAAUUUUUGCACUAUCAAAAGUCUAAAUUUUGGAGUGAAACUGCUUUUACUGCACCACCACGGGAAAACAAUUACUGUUUGCCGCCUUCUACCUUCUAUCAUGAUACCUCUCUAAGAGUUGACUUUUGUACGUUAAACAUUCAUGGUGUUUGCUUACGUCUAAUAUUAAGUCUUCUUUGUUUUAAAAAGACUUGGUGCGCUAUAGUAGGUUUGGAAAAUUUUCGUGAUAAGGUAUUAAAUGGCAAAUAUACUGGUCUAACUUUAAGAGAUUCGUUCUCCAAGGGACUGAUCAUUCAUUCUCUUCCAUAUGCCUCUGUGACGUCAACACAUCGUGCUGGAAUGAAAUCAUUUUAUCCCCUAUUUCAUAUACUAAUAGCUGUCAGGAAAAAGAAGCAACUGCCACUUCUGGAAAUAUUAAUUCAGGGAAAGUGUGGAAUGAGAAUGGAGAUGAAGAAAUAUAUCCUGCUCACCCUUCUUUCUUUUGUUUGGAAUAUGGGAUCUUACGCUGUGUUGCGAGGGCACAAACAACACUUUCUUCCUAUUGACCGAUUUUCUAGUUCUCAUUUACCAAGAAGAGAAAAUGGCAGCAGAUUCGCCUACAUACCUUUAAGUCACAUCAGAAGAAAGAAAUUCUAUUUAUUAGGUGGGAAAAUUUUGUGGUUGACCACGUCAUCAAACCAUCUGUUUGUAGAAGAAUAA